AUGGCCGCGGCCGCGGCGGGUGGAGCCCCGGGCCCGGCCCCCGGCCCCGCCAGGGCCCCGCCGCCCGCCGGCCCCGGCCCCACCGCCAGGGUCCCGCCGCAGGCGCCCCGGAGGCGCGGGGACUCGCGGCGCCGCCAGGCCGCGCUCUUCUUCCUCAACAACAUCUCCCUGGACGGCCGGCCCCCGAGCCUGGGCCCGGGCGGAGAGAAAGCCCCGCCGCCGCCGCCCCCGCCGCCGCCGCCGCCCGCCGAGGCCCACGAGCCGCCCGCGCCGCCGCCGGGACCCCCGGGACCCGAGCCCUCCUCCCGCGGGGCCCCGCCGCCGCCGCCGCCGCCGCCCGCGCCCCCCGCCAGCCUGCCCGGGCUGCCCGGGAUCGCGGGCAGGGCGUCGGCGCCCCAGGGCCUGCUCAGCCCCGCGCCCGCCCCCGCGCCCGCCGGCCUCGGCCUCGGCCUGGGGCUCGGGCUGGACGGGCAACGCCAGAGGGACUUGGCGAGAUGGGGCACCCAGGACCACCACUCCCUGGACAGACGGCGAGUUGCCUCCCAGCGCUGCUCUCUCGAGUUCCUGGAAGAUCCUGUGGGAUGUGCCUCCGUUCAGAGAACCAAGCACAUAUCCGGCUCCCCAAGACCUAAAGGCCUAAAGAAGACCCACUUCAUCAAGAACAUGCGACAGUACGACACGAGGAACAGCAGGAUCGUGCUGAUCUGUGCCAAGCGGUCCCUAUGUGCAGCCUUCUCGGUCCUGCCCUAUGGAGAAGGCCUGCGGGUCAGUGACCUGCGGGUGGACGGCCAGAAGCAGAGGCAUCCGUCAGGCGGCGUCUCCGUGUCUUCCGAGAUGGUCUUUGAGCUGGAGGGCGUCGAGCUGGGAGCAGAUGGGAAGGUGGUGUCUUAUGCCAAGUUCUUGUACCCUACCAACGCCCUGGUCACUCACAAGACAGACAUCCACGGCCUGCCACCCCAGCCCCGGCCCAGCAUCCCCCGGGCUCUGCCAGGGUCAAGAUACAAACCUACCCCAGCCAAGUCAGCACCAGCCGGCACGGAUCUAGGGACUGACGCAGGGGACACGCUGGAGUAUAACCCCAACCUCCUGGACGACCCACAAUGGCCCUGUGGCAAGCACAAGCGGGUCCUCAUCUUCGCAUCUUACAUGACCACGGUAAUAGAGUACGUGAAGCCCUCUGACCUCAAGAAGGACAUGAAUGAGACCUUCCGGGAGAAGUUCCCACACAUCAAACUGACACUGAGCAAAAUCAGGAGUUUAAAACGGGAGAUGCGGAACCUCUCUGAGGAGUGCAGCCUGGAGCCUGUGACGGUGUCCAUGGCCUACGUGUACUUCGAGAAGCUCGUCCUGCAGGGCAAACUCAACAAGCAGAACCGCAAGCUAUGCGCCGGGGCGUGCGUGCUGCUCGCCGCCAAGAUCAGCAGCGACCUCCGCAGGAGCGAGGUGAAGCAGCUCAUCGACAAGCUGGAGGAAAGGUUUCGGUUCAACAGAAGGGAUCUGAUCGGGUUUGAGUUCACGGUGCUGGUGGCCUUGGAACUCGCGCUAUACCUUCCCGAGGGCCAGGUGUUACCUCACUACAGACGCCUCACGCAGCAGUUCUAGCCCAGCCUGGCCUCUGCCCGGAGGGCGGCCACCCCUCCCACACCGCCCAGACGCCCCGGCGCUCAGGGCCCCAGGGAUGUGUCAGCGUGAGCGGCCGCCCGGCAGGGACACGCCUGCCCCUCAACUGAUGCCGCUAUCCCUGCACAUCUGCUCCCUUGGAGGGACACCGCUUUCAUUCCAAAGCACACCACCCGCCAUGGUACAUUCCUGAGAAUCUUCUCGCAUUUUUACGCGAGCAAAACGUGAGGUUUUAUUUUUUUCAUGUGCCUGAGACCGACCCGAUCUUCAAGUGGUCAUUUCGGCAUCUUUCCUUUGCACCGCCUGGUCUUCUGCAAACCACCACAGCCACUGCGCUCGCAUCGCAGAGAUCUGGGUUUCCGGAGCCUGCUGAACGCUCUGGAAUUGCAGAAGUUGGCGUAUCGAAACAUUAGUCUUGGCUCUUUCCGGCUUUCGUUGGUGGACACAGCUCCCUCCCGGCCCAGCUGAGCCCCUCGGGGAUGCCCACUGGCCUCCCCCGGCAUCCUUCCACAGGCGGAGCUCUGGCAUCAAUGCAACUAGGGCAGACUCCGGUUUCUCUCACUUUUUACUCCAAGCAUCGUGUCACUGUGAAAUCCUGAUGCCCGAGCGUCACACACGCCAGCAGGCCUCCGCGCAGACACUAGCCCACCCCAGGGGGGACCCACCCUUCACCUUUCACCGGGAAACCCUGCUUGCCUGCGACACUCUGGACCUUCAGGAUGUUUGUUGGACUGCUUGCUCCUGGCUCUUGAUCUUUCUAAGCAAUAUCGUGAUGGAGAAAACCGGUGUAUUUAUUGUUACUUGGGAUUUGGUUUGAUGGGUCUUAAGGGAACAAGAUCUGGUCGAGAGCAGUUGAGGCCGUGACUUGGAACACCACACUUGACUCUCAGGCAGGCAGGAGGGGGGCGGGCUACUCCACAGCCCCCACCGACGGUCCCAUCUCCCUGGGGGGUGGGUACACACGCCUUUCUUCGUAGGCAGGACGCAGUCUUGGCUGUCACACGAAGCAAGCCCAGGGAGUGGUGGUUGUCACCUGUGUGCAGGCCUGUGCCCCUUCUCUCAACAGGGCCCGUGUUCCCAGGUCUGUGUGUCCUUCCUGCACGCUCUGUGACCCGGUUCUCCAGCUCACUGUCCCGUGAAACACUGAAGAACCAAGGACGAUUUCCCUCCCUGGGUCAGCUGGCGUUAAAAAUGACCACGUUGGCUGGGCCAUUAAGCUGCUUCCCUGCCGUCCUACAAACCUGUCAGUCUGUGCAACAGCCCCACCCUGUAUCGUGUGUGAACUGAUGCUUUUGCCAAAAGGAGACACCGGUUCUGCUCAUCACAACGCUCAGGCACCAGCGGCUCAGCCUGGACCCCAGCACCCGUGUCUGCGUGCAGGCCAGCUGUUCCUCUUCCCGCAGGGGACGAAGCCCAAGCCUGUAUUCCAACCCUAUUUAUUGUGGGAUAGACUCCCUGUCCCCCUCGACGGCCCCUAAUGCACACGUGUUCCAGACGGACGAGGGUGGGAGGGAGCUGAGAUACAGGUGCUUUUCUCCUGGACAGCAACGUGUGCAGCCCUCGUAUCUCAAGGACACUCUAGUGUUCCAAGCACUGGAAGGGACGGGUUCCCAGACUUCACCUCAAGAGGGCAUGCGUCCUGGUCCUCGACAAUUUCCACACAGGUGUUCAAACAGCUGAUAGCAGUUUAGGUUUCUGUGUUCCCAUAGUAAGAUUUAGUCCUUCACAGACCUGUAACUCUCCCUUUGGUGUGUCCUGUCCUCGACGCCAAAAGCUGCUCGUGUGGCGGUCAGUGAUCACUGCAGCAAAGCCAGUAUUGAAGCCAAACGUGUCUGAGCCCCUCACUCUCUAUAUCAAGCCCAGACAUCUAAGAGGCGGCUCCGAAAGCAGCUGUACAUUUAAAAGUGCGCUAAGCGACUAUCUGACCUCAAUGUCAAGUCACAUGUCAUUUGUUUGCAAACGGUAACGUAUUUGUGGUUCAAAGUAAAGUGUGAUUUUGCAAAGUA